AUGGCGUUGUUCAAGAACUUCGUCGAACCCGGCAGGUUGGCUAUUGGCCGAUAUGGAUGCGUGACGGACAAGGCUGUUAUUGUUGUCGAUAUCGUGGACCUGAAUCGCGUGGUCGUGGUGGUGCCUGCGGCAAGCAAGCGCGUGCUGAUUCCCAUCAAGCGUCUCCAAAUGACCGACUAUAAAGUCGAGUUGGCCCGUGGCGCCUCUGUAGAGGACGUGGAGGCUGCCUUGAAGGACAACGACAUUGUCAGCGAGUGGAAGAAGACUUCCUGGGGCAAGAGAACGACCGCUUUCUACGCUAAGCGUGCCUUGACCGACCUCGAGCGGUUCAAGGUUGUGCGGGCGCAGAAAUACGUUGACACUCAGAUAUAA